GAUUCUUCAGUUCUAUUCUGUUUCUUAGCUAGCAAUGUGGCUGAGUAAUCGCAAUGCGCAGAUUGCCAUUGGGCUAAUGAUCUAUGGCCUAGCCCUCAUUACCCUUACUCUACCUUUUCCUUGGAAUGAGGGUCUGGAGACAAUGCGUGAUCUGCAAUUUGUGGCUACCUUAAGUCUACUCUUUGGCAUUUUGAAGGCCCAUCCAAAGCAUCGGGCUAAGCUUAUGCUUGGCUGGUUGGUAAUUACAGUGUUCUGCUUUCUCUCAAUGCUCAACGCUGGAGUUAUGAUCAUAUGUCCUCGUGUAGACAGAGGACCUGUCUCAUUUAUCUGGAUUGUGCUAUCUUGGAGUCUUGCAGCUACCGUGGCUCAUUUGUGGAUUAUUAUGUACAACGAAUAUGUGGAAUUGACCAUCAAAGCCGAACAGCCGGUCGAAGAAGUCCACCCAAAGGCUCAAGAGGCACUUAGGAAGCCAUCGCUUUAUCCGAAUACAGAGAAUCUGACGAUUUCGGUCCAUGGAAAGCCAGUCGAAGAAGUCGACCCAAAGACUCAAGAGGCACUUAAGAAGCCAUCUCCUUAUCCCAAUACAGAGAAUCUGACGAUUUUGGUUCAUGGAAAGAGGAUGGAAAUAUAGUUUUCGAAUUUACAAUCUCUCAUUAAACUAACAUAGCAAGCUUCAAGCUAACCAUUUUAAGUCCAUGUACUAACAAUUUGACCCAGAAAGUAUGUGCAAUAUUGAAAUUUGUGACUAAAGAGUGGCGCAUGCAACGAAAGCCCGACAAAGUUGCACACGAGACUGCAGACAGCUUGUUGCACCAAUUGAUUUUAGAGUGCUUCAAAAGAGUUGACAGU